UGUUGAAGUGAACAUGAGGCCAUUAUUGGCAAUAAUUUUGAAACAGUCAGUUGUCAAAGUCAAAUCUACAAAUAUAUUUGACAUUUUUGUCAACAGGAAGGAAAACACCUAUUUAUCUUUGUUAUUUUCGCUAAUUCAAUAGAUUUCUUAACCAUGAUCGCUCCGGUCGCUAGGCCCGUCGCACGGCCCUGGACAGACGACCUUCCGAAGUGUCGCAAUACAUGCGUAGCGUCGUAUUUUUCGCGUCUGGGAGGUGGGAAUGUCGACUCCAAUGAUGACUAUCUCUGCUUUCAUUGCCAGACUGAAGAUAACUCGAGCUUAUAUGGAGUAUUUGAGCCCCACAAUGGGUUGGAGGCGGCCCAGUUCAUCAUGCAGCGGAUGGCAGCAGAGCUGCUGUUUCCACCACCGUCUGCGAACAAUACUGAUGAGGAGGUCAGGGACCGGCUGAGGAAUGCUUUUAGCUCUGUAGAAAAAGCCUACAUUGAGAACUAUGACAGCAUGAUCGCUGAGAGAACCAGCUUGCAGUACCAGCUGCAGACUCUUACUGAGUCACAGGCGGUGGAGGCGAUCCUGGCGCGGCUGAAGGAGAUUGACCGACAUUUGUCGGGCGGCGCCACUGUCGUUAUAGCUCUAGUGCAUAACAACAAGCUGUUUUGUGCCAAUGUUGGUUGCUGCCGAGCUUUACUUUGUCGAACGGACGCCAACUCAGUACUGCGAGUGGUGCAGCUGACAGCAGACCACAGUCUGUCCAAUGAGGAUGAGUUGCUACGGCUGAGGCAACUGGGGUUGGACACUAACAAAUUGAGGAAUGGUAUGUAUGUGGGUAACCAGGCUGGUACGCGCUGUUUGGGCAAUUAUCUGGUGAAGGGGCUGCACAAGGCGUUCCCGGCGCUGGCCGGCGCGCGCGCCGCGCCCGUGGCGCCGCAGCCCGAGCUGCACGGGCCCGUCGCCAUCGACGACUCCUGCAGAUUCCUGGUUCUCGUCAGCUCGGGAGUCUACAAACGCAUAGCUGAGGUGAAAGGCAGCAGCGAACAAGCCAACAAGCAGCUCGCCCAGAUCAUAGUCGAGAACUUCCGCUCCCAGACCAACUUCAAAAAAGUCAGCCAAUCCGCUCUCGAUGAGAUCGAACAAGAAUUUGUCUCAUAUUGUAUUAAGAAUAACUUAACACCAAAAUCUAACACACAUAUGACUUUACUUAUAAGGAAUUUUAAUUUUAUUCAAAUCGAUCCGGAGCCUAGUUUGGUUCCGAAGCACCAGAAUCCAUCGGUUCGCUUUAAUCCUAUAGUUCAAUCUAAGUCGAACACUUUACUGAACGAGUUGGACUCUGAAAUUUACUCGUCUGAAGCGACAGAAUCUAAUGUGGAUACGAAUAGGUCCACGGAGUCAAGUUCUGACAUAGAAACUGGAAGGCAGUAUGAUCGAGAUAGAAAGAUAAAGGGUUACGUGGAUUUCUCGUGUUAUUAUGAAAAUGUUGAGAAGGCAAGGAAAAAUGGGACUUUGCCCAGUUUUAUUGAAUGAUUUGAAAUUCGUUUUUAGCAGUCUGUGCCUUAAUACAAUUUUUACAAGUUAAGAUUUAAGUAUACUUUAUUUGAAAAACACCAAGAAUGCUUGUAACUGUUAUAGCAUACGCAGUCAACAUCACACAAGCCAUCAUCAUUGGUGAAAUUAGCAAACUGAAAUCUUAAAGGAUACUUUGAGAGCGUACAAUAUUUGAUUUAUA